CGGCGGGAUGCACACACACACACACACACACACACACGGUUAUGACGGAGGUUUAAAUAUGCAGCAGUGAUUCAUGAUGUAAGUCAUUAAAGUCCAUUUGCGAACCAAUGAACGCAUCUUCACUGCAGGUGGACGUCGUGACGUCAUCACGCGACCAGCACAGGUGUGUGUGAGAGUGUGUGGCGCGAUGCAGAUGCUGGAGACUGCAGGAUUGAGGCAGAAGCUGCUGGAGGCGUUGAGUCUGGGCAGACGGCAGCAGUACUGCCUCGCAGACGCAUGUGUCCCUCCCCUCCCCUCGCUGUCUGCAUCCUUCUGCAGAGGCGAGGACGCCAGCGAGCUGCUCUCUUUCAUCACAGCCUCCUCCUCCAUCGCUCCGCUCUCCUCGUCAUCAUCACCACCAUCAUCCUCCUCCGAGAGCGAGUCGCGCAGACGCAGACCCCCGAGCCGUCAUGCCGUGAGAGAGCUCAUCAUGGGCAAUCAGGAUGGGAAGCCGAAGCGCUCCGAAGGCGCGGCGGAUGAGAGCGCGGCUCUCGACGGCACAAAGAAAGGGAAGAAACCGCGAGGGGAGGGAGGGAAGAAGAAAAACAAAUCCGACAGAUCCUCGGUGUUCCCUCACAUACGCAAGCGCAAGAACCAGAGCAAGGCUAAAAGCUUCCUGAGCGGAUCCAAAGAGGAUGCAUCGCUGGAUGAACUGGACUGCGCUCCGUCGCUGUGCAAUAAGACGCCCGAUCUCUCCGGAGAUGAGCUCGGACAUUCGGACGCCGAGCCCGAGCAUCCUCGCCUGCAGGAGGAGAAGAAGGUGGCGAGCUCCGGAUCCGACACGGACAUGUACAGCUUCCACUCCGCCGCAGAGCAAGAGGAUUUGCUGGCUGACAUCCAGCAGGCCAUCCGUCUGAAGCAGGGCGUGAUGCUCGGCAAGAUUCCCUGGGAUUGUAAACAAACCGGAGACGCUAAAAACACUCCCACCCCCGACUCGGAGCCGUUCACCGUGCUAGAAGCCGUUCCUAAAGCGGAAAAAAACGGGAUUGUGCUCCCUGAGGAGGAGCCGGCUGUGAACGGGCUCUCAGAGGAGGCCCUUUGUGCUCCGGUCGCCGUGGAAACGGUCACAAAAGAGCCUGAGGCCCCUCUUUCUCCUCCUCCAGCGGUGGCUCCUACAAACAGCACCACAAGCUUCCCAGACCUGACUGCGUCGGUCGAAAGCGCCGUGGAGGCUGUUGAAGAAGACGAGCGUUCGCCUCCGAGCACGGAUACGGCGUCUGACCUCAGGUCCACAGGCUCGCUGGAGUGUCUCACGGUCAUCGAGGAGCUCGUCCAGAGGCGCAAGAGCAGCGUUUCCUUCCCUCCGGAGAGUCCUCUGGCCACACGGCUGCUGAAGGCUGCGGUCAAGCCCUAUCCGCCCAUCAGCACGUGCUACAUCAAAACCACCACUCGACAGCUGAGCUCGCCCUCUUGCUCGCCCGCCCCCUCGCCAUCCCACAGCCCGCUGUCCACCCGCCGCGGACCGGACCGGGCCGAGAGGAGGCGCGUCACCGGCUCCAUCAGCCGCUCCGCGGACUGGACCGAGGAGCUCCGCACGCUGCAGCACAGAGCCACCGGCUCGGAGGAGACGCUCAGAACCAGCGCACCGCGGCCGUCUGCCAAUCAGAGCUCCACAUGCAGCUUCCAGCAGGUGUUCACAGGUCAGUUCUGCAGUGCGUCUCAACUAUUGUGAAUGUCAUUAUACA